CUGGCCCGAAUGGAGGCAGCACCGCCGAGACAGCAGCACCUCGCGACCAUCCCGCCUGCAGUCCGCAAAUCGCAAGGCUGCUGGACCUGCAAAGCCCGCAAGAUAGGAUGUGACCGCGGCGUCCCGGAGUGCAACAACUGCCGCCGCUCUGCGCGACGCUGCCUGGGCUACGGCAUCCGCCUCACCUGGCCGGAUCAGCACGAUGGCCGCCGCAGGCCCAGUGGGCACCCCUCGCCUGCCAUGAGCGGCAUCCCGCCAGCCAGCUCUCCUCCUCUCUACGCCACACAGUUCCUUCACUUCACGUACAUGGACAUCGCUAGUCAGUAUGCAGGGACCAGCUUCUACAAGCACAUUGUCGUGCCCCAGCCGAGGCCAUGCCGCGUCAUCCCGCUUUUUCGUGACUUACACGAGAGGGAGUCUCGUUUGUUGCACUACUAUAGGGACAAGCUCUCCAAGAUGAUUUCGACGAUUGAUGCCGGCAACGGGUUCCGCGAUGUGAUUUUGCCCAUGGCCCUGGUCAUGCCAGACCUCGUGAUCUCCCGGGCUCUCCUCAACGCGGUGCUUGCAGUGGCGGCAUGCCAUCUCUGGGGCAGCCACGAAGCACUCCUCUACAAAGCCAGAGCCAUCCGCGCCCUGUCUUACGCGCUGAGGGAAAACCGCCACGAGGCCCUCGAGGCACAGCUCGCUGCAUCGAUGAUGCUCUGCGUUUAUAAUGUUUUCGACGAGCAGGAAGGGAACUGGAAUCUGCAUCUGAGCGGCGCUGCUCACAUUCUACAACUGUACGGACCAGCCGUCAGUAAGGGACCAGGCCAACAGUUUCUCUCCACCUGGCUGCUGUAUCACGAAGUCCUCGGCGCCUAUAGCCAACCAUUCCAGGAAGCGGCUCCAAGGUCGUUUGUCCUAGACAUCAUCCGAACCUCCAACCUCGAUACGAGCCUGAUUAUCGGCUCCCUGGGCUGUUCAGUGGAGGUAAUGGAGGCCAUCCAUUUCGGGAACACUUUCCGGGCUCUGCAGCUUCGGCGGCGCCGUCGUCGUGGGUCUGCAUCGCACGACGACGACGUCCAGCUACGCCAAUGGCACAGAACCUGCACAAACCUCGAGUCCCUCCGGCAGCAUGUAGACCCUCAGGCAGAGACCAGCCUCAUGACCCACGACCGAGCCCAUGUCCUCGCGACCGCAGAGCUAUAUCGGCUCGCGGCACUCGUCUAUCUGCACCAGGUCCUUCCCGAUGAUGAUGACCACGACCUGAGCACGGAUUUCAUGGCAGCACAACAGCGACAGCGACAGCAACAGCAACAGCACCUCGACCAAGCAUUCGCGGUCCUCCGCAGCCUCGACACCUGCACGAGCCCAUGGCCCUUGUUCGUGCUCGCAUGCGAGGCCGGCACCAACGGCACCGACAAGGCCCCCGACGACAGCGACCACCGGCGUGUCGCGAUCCUCCAUGCCCUCGACAAGAUGGACCAGCGCCGAAACAUAGGCAACGUCUUUGUCCUCAGGCGCAUCAUCGAGUCGUUCUGGAAGCAGCGGGACUUGCGCCAGGGUCGUCGUCCCAGGCGACGACGCACCAGCGGCGGCGGCGAUCUGAGGUGGUGGGACGUUGUUGAUGUCAGGCAUGCGGCGCCAUGGUUCAUAUGAUGAUAUCCUAGAGGACCCAGCCCCGGUCUUGUGGUUUCGCCGCCGGGCGCAACAGCGACGACUGACAUGUCAAGAACCAUUGGAUGACGCGAUGCGUUGGCCAUAAUUGGUGGCUUGAAUGGCACUUUAUCCAAGAAUGUCUCUCGAGACUAUGGUUGUUCAAAAUUCACGUCUGAGCAGCCAACGGUGCAGAAGAUAUAUAUAUAUAUAGCCACUGGCGUUCAUGGGG